AAUCGUUAUCGUUUCGCCCCGGAAACCUCCCCCUCCCAGCUUCGCCGUCUUGCUGGGCUCGCGGCGGCGGCGCUGCUCCGCCGUAUACAUCCAAGCUCCAGCCGCGCGGGAGGCGGAGAAUACAACCCCCGCGCUCGUCCUAAUGGCGUGGGGCGUGCCCACGCGGCUGCCGUCGUCACGGGUGCAGGCCCUGUACGAGCUCUGCAAGCGCACCUUCCCCUCCCCUUCCUCCGCCGCCCCGCCCUCCCCUCCUCCGGCCAGCGCCGUCCGCGCCAUAUCCUCCAUCAUGGAUACGAUCAGUCCCGCGGAUGUCGGGCUCAGGGACGACAACCUCGAGGACGGCGGCGGGCACGGGUUCUUCGAAUCCAGCUUCAUGAAGGGCUCGGCGAGGGCGGCGAGAUGGGCGCAGCCCAUCACGUACCUGCACAUCUACGAGUGCGACGCCUUCUCUAUUGGAAUAUUCUGCUUACCUACUUCAGCAGUCAUUCCUCUUCAUGAUCAUCCAGAAAUGACUGUGCUGAGCAAAAUACUGUAUGGUUCCAUGCACGUGAAAUCAUAUGAUUGGAUAGAGCCUACUGUUUUAGCAAGUAACCAACCAGUAAGACUAGCCAAGUUAUAUACGGAUGAUGUUCUUACUGCUCCAUGUCCAACUACCGUUUUGUAUCCCCAAAGUGGCGGGAACCUACACUCAUUCACUUCAGUUGCCUCUUGUGCUGUUCUUGAUGUACUUGCGCCGCCAUACGCUGAAAAUGCUGGGAGAGUUUGCACCUACUUCCAUGAUUAUCCGUUUUCUAGCUUCUCAGCCGAACACACAAAGAUGGUUGAUCGCCCAGAUGAUUAUGCCUGGAUUGAGGCCAUAAACUCACCCGUGAACAUCUACAUGCGCCCUGGCAUGUAUACUGGCCCAACCGUACAGGAUCGUCUAUCAUGAGUUCACACCCAGUGAACCGUGGAGCAUCAAGCAGUGUGCAGUUCUUCCAGUGUAGUGUUGUAUAUGUACUGUUUUUGUGUUACCUUUUUUAUUUAGUUUUUGCUUGGAAAAUCUGGUUGGAUAUGGUGAAUAUAUGAUCAAAAAAUUCCCUGGUUCAUCUAGUGGAGACAUUGAUAUUC